AGAACCGCGUGCAGUUGCUACAUUCAGCAUGUUGUGACGUUGGAAUAGAAUAUAAAAAAAGGGCGGGAAAAGAUAACAACAACAGACGCAAUCUACAAUGGAACCAACAGACAAUGCUAAUGACGCCGCGUACAUGUCCAUGCUGACACGCAACAUUCCUGGUGUCGGAAACACACCACUGAACUUCACCCCCUCAAAAGCAACUACCACCGCUACCAUCACAUUCAAUUUAAACAACUUCAUUGCUGUGGAGGCCUUAACAGACAAACAACGCAGCGCAAUCAAGAUUCUUCAGGAGGCUCAAAAGGAUACUCUGUUCGUGUCUGAAGGCGAGGAGCCCUUUCAAUAUGUACAUAUCAAUCCGAAGCAACGAGCCGCUGUGACAACAAUCAAUGCGGACAAUAGCAGUUCCCAACCACCGCUACCAACAGGUCAUGAAUUCUUGAAGCUCCUCGAAACGAACCAAGUGUCGUCGGACGAGCAGGAAAUCACAAAUGCGGUCUGUGAAGCAACACCAGAUUUGAGCACAAUCCUCAACAAAGCCAACCCAGGUUCACACAAAAUUGCAAAGGCGCUUGAGGACGUCUUCCACUUCAAUGCAAACAAGAAUGGUGAGAUCCAGUCGCUAAAGGACCCUAAAGUAGCCCUCUAUAGAGUAAUAUUACCUUCCUCUCCAACAAGAGUUCAUCUCUGGACCUUGGGAUGGGUGGACAACCAUUUGCUAGGUUUUUAUACUAUCAGUAUCGAAUCCUAAUGUCCUUUAGAGAAAAGGGGAAAAAAAAAACCAUCGUUGCAAUAAAGAAC